AUGAUAAAGGUGAAUAGGAGGCUUCUCCUAUUAUUACCACUACGUAGUGGUAAUAAUAGGAGAAGCCUAGUACUACUCACCACAUUUUUAAUAUUCAAAUUUGCCACAUUGGAUGGUGAUAAGAAUCCCGAAAUUCCAAAUAUUGGUGGCGAAAAAUCAAUUAUUGGAGGUAUCGGGGCACCGAAGAGUUUGGCGGAUCAGGUCCAAGAAGAGGGUGGAGCCUCAAGUGAAUCCAAAUGCUACUACGAUAAUCAGUGCACCCUACCGCAAAUGCUCUUCCGAGUACGCAGCGAAACGGAUAGUCAGCCUCCAUUUGCGUGUCUCAACGAUAUUAAGCUAUUCGACACGGAUAACAUUGGCCGCGGAAUAAAUGCGGCCAUUUUGAACGGAACAACUGGUGAUAUCGUCGAAAAAGCCACGUUUGACGUCACGGCGUCCGAUGAGAAGUUGAUGACGUGGCUUUUAAAAGUGCCCCAAGCCUCGCUGCUCGUUGCCGCCUCAUUUGGUGACGUGGCAGAGCACGUCUCCCGACAAUCCCGCCAAUUGUUCGCCGCUUUCGGAGCUCAAAAAAUCGAUUAUUAGAGGGUGGGAAACGCCUACGCAAUUAUCGGACAACGUGGAAUCGUAGAGAAGUUGAACUGAAAAUCGAUGGGCCGCCGGUGCAUAGAGCCGACGAAUCAAAGCUCGCGGAGCUUGGAGCAUUUGAGGCGGACUUGCUCCAACAAAACAAGGACGUCGAGUAUGGCGGAAAAUGGAAGAAUUGCGGAAUGGACCGCCCGUGUAACGAGGCCGACACAAUUCCCGUCCACUUUUUCUCCGGCGAGCACAAAGAUGAUCAUCCGAAAAUGUGCAUUGGCGGGCGGAUGCUUUUUGAUAAAGACCUCAACUCUGCCGGCCGUGGGCUUAACCUGGCGAUGUUGGAGCCUAAAACUGGGAAAGUUACUGCAGUUGCACAUUUUGACACUUGUGAGGAUGAAUCCCACGGCUUGGAAGAAUGGCUUGACGCGGUGCCGACUGGCUACAUUGUAGCCGUUGUGAGCUUCGACGAGGCCUCUAAUCAGCUGUCAGAUAUGGCUCGGCGCAUCUUUUACGAGAUGGGCUCCAGUAUGAUCGAUCGGCUCAAAUUCCGAGCUUCUUGGUAUUUCGUUUGACAGAAGGGCAUCGGCGCCUACACACCGUUUGAGCACCUGAAUAUUCCACAGGGAAAUAACUGGGCAAAUCCGAUUCAUACCUCAUUUUGUUUGCCGAAAUCUUUGCACAAAUGGGCGGGCCGCCGGGACACAUCAUCAUCGAUGACGUCAUCAGCUUCAAAUGACGUCAGAAAUUUGCCGAAACGACAUUCCUGCCCAAAAUAUGACCGACAUGAAGAGUUUUGUGGUGCCGCCAACCUUGACUCUCCAAUAAUGCCACGUCACCUCAGCGACGAACAACGCUCGUCGGACGCGAUUUUCAACGUACCGAUCCUUGUCGCGUCGGGUUUGGCACCGGAUUCUUUGAGAAUUACACUGGAAUCAUUGCUUAAUCAGGAGGGUCUGAAUACCCAAAUGGUUCUAGUCACUUAUGAUAAGGAAUACUCGGAAAAUGCGGAUUUGGCCGCGCUUUUUCAUGUGAAAAGUGUGGCGAUUCAGUCGAAUGGCAGUUAUAAUGCCCAUCUUCUGUUGUCCCUGUCCAAUGCUUUUUCCAUAAUAAUAAUAAUUGUGCAACGGGCGCAGGCCGUUGGUGGUUUUUAGAUGGGGAGUUAGUCCGACAAGUCGGUUGGUCCGGGCUACCAAUGCGCCCCCCAUCAUUCCGGACACUUAAACUGAUCUAUGCACCCGAUCUUAUGUGCACCCAUUUCUGCGUAUCAUGCAUAUUUAGUGAUCAGCCCACCAACGCCCCGGUGAAAGGGAAGACAAGAGUGACCUGGUGCGGGGAUCGAACCCACACCGUGUGGGUGAGAGCCGCGCCUCUUACCCACUUGACCACUCAGGCCCUUUGCUUUUUCCAUUUUUCCGGAUGCCUCUUCGGUGCUGGUUAUUGAAGAAGACGUGACACUAUCAACCGAUUGGCUUCACUAUUUCUCAUCAAUUUAUGAGCCGUACAAGGCGGAUUCCACUGUGGACUUGGCGCUGGCUUUUAACUCAAAUGGCUUCACCGACACUUCUGGCGAUGGUCAAACUGUGUAUCGCAUCAAAAAUCAUCUUCCGAUUGGAUCGUAUUUAAUGAAGAGAGAUUUGUACGAAAAACAUAUUCGGUUGAGAGAAUUUUGCUGUACGGAACGUGGCAAUUGGGAUCUCCGUGAAUCGAUUUCUCUAGUGCCGGCAAUGUCACGUAUCGAAACACUGCAACUUUUUUCGAACGAGGACCGAGAAAAAAUGCGAAUAAUCGGUGUUUGCACACAAUACACCGCAUUUUACGACAUUUUGUACUUGCUUUGUUUUCUUGUGUUUUUCACCGAUUUUUCCCGUGUUUUCUUAUUAAAACUGAUAAAUAAAUAUUUUUGUUAAUGCUAAAAUAAUUUCCAGAUGAAAAAAUUGUGAAUUCAGUCGGCAAGUAGCGGUAAAAGUGGUCAAUGUAAUAUGAUGGAUUACGGGAAUAAAAAACCCAAACUUUUUCCCAAACAUGAUACAUAUGAUGUUUAGAUGCUAAAAGUACCUGAUUUUCAUAACGAGACCGCUGAAAAAGUUUUGAGAUUUUCAUAAUUCAACAUUUUGUGCCAAAAUCUCGACUUUUUCAUAAAAAAAGUUGAAUUUUGAAAAUCUCAAAACUUUUUCAGCUGUCUCGUUAUGAAAAUCAGGUACUUUUAGCAUCUAAACAGCAUAUGUGUCAUGUUUGGGAAAAAGUUUGGGUUUUUUAUUCCCGUAAUCCAUCAUAUUACAUUGACCACUUUUACCGCUACUUGCCGACUGAAUUCACAAUUUUUUCACUUGGAAAGUGUUUUAGCAUCUGCAAAAAGUAUUUAUUUAUCAGUUUUAAUAAGAAAAAACGGAUAAAAUCGGUGAAAAAUGAAAGAAAACACGCAGAAAACAAAGCAUGAUAAAUGGCCGCUGAAAUUUGUCGGGGACUCGGUCAUGGCCUAGAAACCUUUUUGCCUCGUCCCUCGUUCGAAAAAAGUUGCAGCGCGAAAUUCAAGUUGACGAGUUGGAAAAGAAAAAUGUUCUUUUUCGGCGGAAUCGCACCGCGACGCAACAAAACUACCUAAUUAAUACGGAAUUCGAGACUUCUGAAGAAUAUUUGACACAUUUGAAUCAACUCGUUCAGAAUACGAAAAAAUCGAUACCGAUCACUGAAAUCCAAUCGAUUGGAUGCGAAGUGUGGGCAGAUCAACUGGAUCGGCAACUAAAAUCGAUAUUAUUAACAUAUUCUGGAAAAUCAGAAGUCGAAUCGAUUUUCGAGUGUUGGAAAAUGUAUUGGACACCGAAAAUUCUCAGAAGUAACCGCGUUUUUAGAUUCUCCCUUCAUCAAGCCAUCGAGGUCAUCACUGUUGCCGAUAAUCUCAAAAUUGAAUGAUUUAUCGAUUUUCUGUUUGUAAAUGUUUCGAAUUUUCCGUGUUUGUGUGAUUGAUUUCC